UCGUAACUAAAUUACCCAAGAUCUCUCUCUCUCUCACUCUCUCUCUCUCUGUAAUUUUCUGAGAGACAAGAGAGAAUGGGCGAGCUGAGUUCUUCCUCUGCAUUUUCUCGUUCAACGCUCACCCGUAUUAUAAUUGUUUAUUCCAUCUAUUUCUUUUACAAUCUGCAGUUAAAUUCCGCCCAUGUAGAAGGGUUUGAUUCUCUGCUACGGCUCCCACACUCCGGGGCUUCUCGAAGCCGACCCAGAUCGAAGAGAGUUUUUUACGUCAAUGAUUUUGGUGCGAAAGGGGAUGGCGUCAACGACGACACCGAGGCUUUUGAAGAUGUUUGGAAGUUGGUUUGCUCUUUCCCGUCACGAGUGAAAGUCGUUAUUCCUGCUGGAAAAACCUACCUGGUGCGACCUAUUAUUUUUGGUGGGCCCUGCCGAUCAAAGUUGACAUUGGAAAUAUCUGGUACUAUCAUUGCACCCGAAGAUCCUGAUGCCUGGGCUGGAUUGAAUCCACAAAAGUGGCUCGAGUUUCAAAGGGUGAACCACCUGACUGUGGAAGGAGGAGGGAUAAUUGAAGGAAUGGGACAGGAAUGGUGGGCUCGUUCUUGCAAGAUUAACACAACAAAUCCAUGUCAUCAUGCUCCAACGGCCUUGAUUUUUCAUAGAUGCAAAAAUUUGAAAGUCCGGAACCUUAUGGUCCUAAACAGUCAACAAAUGCACAUGGCAUUUACUAGUUGUGAUCGUGUUGUGGCAUCCCACCUCAGAGUGCUGGCACCUGGGUCUAGCCCCAACACCGAUGGCAUCCACAUUAGUGCAUCUACUCGUGUUCAAAUCAAGAAUAGUGUCAUUGGAACAGGAGAUGACUGCAUCUCUAUAGUUGGCAACUCUUCGGGUAUCCAGAUCAGAAGCAUCACCUGUGGACCAGGCCAUGGUAUAAGUAUUGGAAGCUUGGGAAAAUGGAACUCAUCUGUGCAGAUCCAUGAUGUAGUUGUUGAUGGAGCAUUUCUGUCCAACACCGAAAAUGGGGUGAGGAUUAAAACGUGGCAGGGAGGUAGUGGUUUUGCUACCAAUAUCGCUUUUCAGAACGUGUGGAUGGAAAAUGUGUCAAAUCCCAUCAUAAUAGAUCAAUAUUAUUGUGAUUCACCUGUUACAUGUCAAAACCAGAGCUUGGCUGUUAAAGUUGAGGAUAUCUCCUUUGUGGGCAUCAAAGGAACAUCAGCUACAGAAGAAGCCAUUAAAUUUGCUUGCAGUGAGACCUUCCCAUGUGAAAGGCUAUAUUUAGAAGAUAUUCAACUUGUCUCAUACUCUGGUGAUUCUACAAGAUCCUUUUGUUGGGAAGCUCAAGGCUCGUGUUCGGGUCUGGUAUACCCCCCUCCUUGCUUCUCAUACAAUGACAGCAGCUACAUUGAGCAGAAAGUUCUGUCCAGCUCUGUUCUUUGGUCCAUUUGAGGAUGGUUAUACUAUUCUGGGUAGGUCAAAUUCAAUUCAACUCAACUUAAAUAGCCCCGUUAUUUGUGGAACUGUCUUGACCUUCAAUAGCAAGCACCAUUGGUUGGGUGCUCAAAACCUUUUGACAUGCAGUCCGUAGGAAAGGUACAGCCGAUGCAGCAGCAGUUUAUAAUAAGUUCAUUAUGACAUGAUCAUUGAAGUGUGUAAUUAUCCAAUUUCAAGUGUAAAUCGGUUUUGGUAUAUCUUUUUGGUUGUAUGUAAAUUCUCCCCACUUAUUAAUGCAUAUUCAUUUACUUUUUCACCAUCCAGUUUUUAA